GCUAAAUUCCAUUCCUUUUCCCAACAAUCUUUCAAAUUAUGCAUUCGUUUCUGGUAGCCGCAUUUCUCGCCACUAUCUUCGCUGCCUCAACAGAGGCAACUUCCUGCAACGCUACUUCGCAUUGCCCUGCUUCUGCCCCCUGCUGCAGUGAAUUUGGAUUCUGCGGCACGAAUGAUUUUUGCCUUGGUGGAUGUAAUCCUUUCGCCUCUAACGCCGUGAAUUCCUGCAGACCGGACCCUAUCUGCACGGACAAAACGCAUACAUUCGCCGAUAAUUCUCGAAUUCUCUCCAAUGCGACCUUUUUCGAUGGUAAUGCUUCUGCCUACGAUUGGGUUGUCGACAAAGGCAACAUCAUGAACACGAACUCCUCAGGCGGCGAGCUAGCCUUACUUCUGACACAGGCCAAUGGCGGAACUAGAAUCUCAUCGACGCGUUAUCUGCAUUAUGGGACUGUCACUGCCAAAAUCAAAACAGGUCGUUGGGCUGGUGUCGUCACAGCAUUCAUCACAAUGAGCGACAUCAAAGAUGAGAUUGACUGGGAGUUCCCUGGAGCCGCAACUACCGAGGGCCAGACCAACUACUUCUGGCAGGGGGUGAUCCCGACGGGAAAGAACAACGGUGGUACCUCAACUGGCCUCACAGACACGUUCACCAACUAUCAUUCCUAUACGAUCGACUGGCAGCCAGAUGCUUUGACAUUUUCCAUCGAUGGCGGCGUGGUACGCACCGUCAAGAAGUCUGAUACCGUCAAUGCCACAACUGGUAUCGCUCAGUACCCAACGACACCUGCUCGCGUCCAACUUUCCCUUUGGCCAGCCGGCAUCUCUAGCAGCCCCCCAGGCACCGUUACAUGGGCUGGAGGUAUGAUCAACUGGGACGACCCGGACUACAAAUCAGCUGGCCAUUUCUACGCCCUUGUGAAAGAAGUUGACGUCAAGUGCGCAAACCUCCAAACAGGACCCAAUCUCACGUCAUAUGUAUACGACGCAAACGCUACAAGCAACUCUCCUGUCGUCGAUUAUACAAAUCGCUCGACACUGCUUAACGGGGCUGGCCCCGUUGUAGCAUUGGGUGGUGCCCAAAACAUGAUCGUUCUUGUGACGUCCCUUUUCGUACUCUUCUUCCACGUUCUAUGAUCAAUUUGUAGCCUUUGCUUGCCAAUAUACCCCUAGACACAGAGAGAAUGAGAUGCGUAAUUCAUUUAUAUCUAUGUACAGGUUACAACCUAACCCACUUGAAAUAAUAAUGAUACAUUGACCUAC